UACUACAAUGAACUGCUGUUUCUCAACAGGGUGUAUGAUCUUUGUGGCUUCAGGCUCCUGUCUUUCUAAGGAAUAUUCUACAAGAGCUGGGCGGUGUUGUCCGAUGUGCAAAAUAGGGACCGUUGUACAGAUGGACUGCACGUCACAUACAGGCACACUCUGCAGGGGCUGCGAGAACGGGACUUUUAUGAACCAAUCCAACAGACUCGAUAAAUGUUUCACAUGCACCUCCUGUGACUCAGGCCCCGGUCUCUUUGUCCUGCAGGGCUGUUCAGAAACAACUGACACAGUCUGUGAAGUUAUAGAUGGGUAUUACUGCAAAGAUUUAGAUGUGACAGGAUGCAGUGCGGCACAAAAGCAUACACAAUGUGUACCUGGUGAGAAGAUACAAGAACCUGGAACUAGCAGAGAGGAUGUACAGUGUGAACCCUGUCAGUCUGGCUUCUUUUCAGAGCAUGGUGUGAAUUGCACGGACUGGACAACGUGCCCAGGAACCCAGGUAAAGGUAAAAGAAGGAAGGAGAAGCAGCGAUGUUGUCUGUGGAGGUUCUUCAAGGAGUCAUUACAUUGUCAUGUUACCAACAUUAUUAUUGGAUUUAACAGUUGUUGCGCUCUUCAUCAGAGCUGUAUCUCUGGCAAGGGACAGCGGCUGCACCUCCAGAUCAGAUGGGUCUCUGAAAAGCAAUGGCUAAAUCAUGUGCUUCCAUGUCACACUAUGGGAUGCGCCUCUGUAGGUAUUCCUCAGAAGCUUGAUGCAGUUACCGCCGCCUAUAUGCCACCCCCAGCCUAACCUAAAUUGUUCUAACAUCUUACUAAUCAGAAGACCACCCCCAAAAGAUCGAAUACAUUCCAUAUUUUGUUUAUAAUGUAUUGUCUUAAUGUUUGUUUUAAGAAACACACUAAUCUUUGUAUUUGUUAAACCACUUGUAAAU